CACUUUUUUAUAAUAUUUUUGUUUGGUUUAUCUUGUGGGCUUUAUGCUGGCUAUCUAUUUGAGUAUUUUAAAAUUCUGUUUUCUGUAUUUUUGAUUUUCUUUUAUUUAAUGUUUUUAUUGGGUCAUGCGCAACUUACACCACGGUCACACAGUUUUUGCAGCUGUCAAGAGAUGAACACGAGCAGUCUUUCUGUGUUUUCGACAUUAUAUCUUACAGUUUACCUUAUGUGGCUUUCAUCAUGUAAAAGCGUAAAAUACCGGUUACCAACAUACUGACGUGCCAGCAUAAACCUACCCCCACUGAUACGAUGCCUUCAUUAUUUGAGUGAAUAUAUCUACUACAAGUUUAUCACCAUAUGGCAUAUGAGGUUCAUGUGUUGUAUAAUGGGUAUUCCAAGAAAAGAGAAGAGGGUAUGGUUGCAAACUGUACUUCCACACUAAUAAAAGGACAAAAAUGUAUCAUUGUUGAUACAAUGACACCUUGGGAUAAAGAAAAGAUAAUUAAAGGUCUGGGUCAUUAUGGAGUCGAGUGCAAUGAUGUGGAUUAUGUUGUGUGUUCUCAUGGACAUUCCGAUCAUACAGGCAACAACAACCUGUUUCUGAAUGCAAAACACAUUGUAGGGUUCAGUAUAUCAUCCAAGGACCUGUAUUUCAUUCACCCAUUUGAAACAGGGGAACCAUUCAUCAUUGAUGAGUCUGUGAAGGUGGUGCCUACUCCAGGCCACACACUGACAGAUGUGUCUGUUCUGGUCAACACAAAGGAUAAAGAACUUGUAGCAGUGACAGGUGACUUGUUUGAACGAGAGGAGGACAUUACUGAUCCAUCACUAUGGCAGUAUGUAGCUGGCAGUGAAGACCCAGAGAUGCAGCGUCAGAACCGAAAUAAGAUCUUGCAAAUUGCUGACUGGAUUGUUCCUGGCCAUGGGCCAAUGUUUAAGGUUACAGCAGAAAUGAAGUGUGGUGGUAAAUAAAUAAUAAACAAAGAAUACAUAUUUUCCUAAGAGUUUUAUGUCCCCAUACCUCACAGUUUAGUGAGUGGCACACCUGCUUCAUAUACAGGAGGUCUGAUAUUCAAAUCUCGGGUUGAAGAUUAGGUGUAUACUUUUUUCUGUGGUUUUCCAUAGUCCUUCCAGGGAAACACUAGAACAAUACCUGUUAUGGGUUACAGAUCAUUCCUUCUGGAUUCUUUGUGGUUCAUCAUUCACAGUCAUCCGACCAUUUGACACAAGAAACCUAUGUGUUGCAAUAUUGUAAAUUUUAAACACAAACUUUGGUAAUAUGCUUACUUAAAAUAUAAUGCUAGAAUUUUUUUAAAGUUGUUUUCUUCAGCAACUUUGCAUCAGUGGCUUGGAGAUGAAACAGGGGAAGAUUAGUGGUGCAUUACCACAGAGAUGAGAAAAUUCCAUCUCUGUGGUAAUACACAUUCAUUUUUGUGGUCAACUGCCAUCUGCUUGUUGAACACCAGUAUCUCAUCAAACAUCGCUAACAAACAUAUCAUGGUUUUUGUAUGGCCAACAGAAUUUCAUCACAUGUGAGAAUAAAGUGUGUACAGAC